UGGGCGGGAUCUGUCUUUAAAGGGAGCCAGUGAGUGGGUAUAGCUCUUAAAUAUAAUCUGAGACAGAACCAGAUGCAAACAACAAACAAUUCAUUUACAAGUAGAUUUCAGGGAGAGAAAUCAUGUGUUUUGGCACUGCUUGUUCAUGUAACUGUGUGACUGAUGAAGAUCUCUGUGCACCAGGCAGCAUGACAGCCAAAAACGAGAAGGUAGAGGACCUACCCAGCAAAACUGAGGUGCCGGGUCCAGCAGGGAGCACACAUCAACCCGACCUGAACAUCUCUAAUGGAAUCACGAGCAAGCAGGACCAAAACUGGGGAUGGAUGCUGUCUGGGGUCAUUUGUUUAAACGUUCUGAUGCUGGGCAGCGCCUUGGUCAGUGGCAGUGCCCACAACUAUGUAGAAAUCACAACUACUGACCUGCAAGUUUUUCUUAUCAUCCUACUACUCCUCACUUCCAUCUGGGUGAUCUGUUAUGUUGUCUACAUAGCCAGGAAAGACAAUGCUGUUGUUUACAAGGAUGGCCACGCUGGACCGAUAUGGCUCAGGGGAGGACUUGUGCUAUUUGGAUUGUUCACCAUUAUCAUGGACAUUUUUAAGAUAGCCAGCUAUGUGGGCUACCUCCACUGCGAUUCGGCUGUUAAAGUUGUUUUCCCUGUGGUGCAACUUGUUUUUAUACUUGCACAGACAUACUUUUUGUGGUCUCAUGCCAAGGACUGUGUGCAGGUACAAAAGAACCUUACACGCUGUGGGCUGAUGUUCACCCUCUCCGCAAAUCUAGUUGUGUGGAUGACUGCAGUUACUGAGGAGUCCCUUCACCAAACAAGUACUCCCAACUAUGAGGGCAACACCACUAAACUCUCUGGCCGAAGCCUGUACAACAGUAGAGCGAGUUAUGGACAAGAUCAAUGCAACUGCAGCCACACCUCAUGUGGCAUCUUCAAGGACGCAUAUUACUACCUGUACCCCUUCAAUAUCGAGUACAGCCUCUUUGCCUCUGCUAUGGCCUAUGUCAUGUGGAAAAACGUUGGCCGAGUAUCAGAUCUACACACCCACCACAAACUCAAAUUCCGUCUCAAACAUGUAUUGCUUGGCCCUGCGGUGGGGAUUCUCUUAGUGGUGGCAGGUCUGGCAACCUUCGUUGUAUAUGAGACGGAAAUGAGAAGCAACAUUAAUGAUCAUAAGAAAGCCAUUGUGUUGAUGAUGCACUUCAUCAUGAAUAUAGUCAUACUGCUCCUCAUGAUUGUUGCCACUGUGAUUGGCUGUGCUAUGUACAAGGUGGACCACAGGGAGCAUGUAUCAGAGAAGAACCCCACUCGCAACCUGGAUGUGGGGCUGCUGGUGGGAUCCUCACUGGGACAGUUCAUCAUUAGCUAUUUCUCCAUUGUAGCAAUGGUUGCAAUUGGAGUCAAUAAUUACCUAAAUGGACUCAACCUGACCUGGGGUAUCCUGAAGGUGGUUCAGAUAGCCUUGCAGAACUAUUUCAUUAUUGAAGGUUUGCAUCGAGAGCCCUUCCAUGAGGUGGUCCCGGUCACUGUGAUUGCAAAUCCAUACAUACUACAUCCAGAAAAAGACCUGAGCAGCCUUGAAGCAUCAGACAUGGACACAAAUCCCAGCCCAGUACUCACUGCACACAACCUGCCUGGUCACACAUCUGAAACCAAACUGAUGUGGAAGAGACGGGUGUUGAAGGAGAUCUGCGCAUUUCUGCUGCUGGGCAACGUCAUACUGUGGAUCAUGCCAGCAUUUGGUGCUCGUCCCCAGUUUGACUACGAUGCUGAAAUUAAAUUUUACAAAUUCAACAUGUGGUCUGCUAUUGUCAAUAUUGGCCUUCCUUUUGCUAUCUUUUACCGCAUGCACUCUGUUGCCAGUCUGUUUGAGGUUCUUCUGAUCUCAUAACACUGCUGGAGGACCAAACAGUUUGACAUUAUAAAGCUGUUUUGUAUAAACUGUAAUUAUAUUUCUCUGUUUUUGAAGUAGAUAUUGACCAACAAACAUUGUUACUUUAAUGUCCCUUCUUAUGUUAGA